UUGAGGAGCAGACCAACAUCCCAUCCCAGAGUCCCAGAGCCCCCCGAGACCACCAUGAGCCCCCCCAGGAGCGAUGGAGUCCCAGACUCUGUGGUCUCCUCCACCCAGGCAGCCCCAGCCCUCAGCUCCUGCUGCAGCAGAUUCCCCUCGCCGAGUUUGCUUCAUUGCAACGGGGAAAACUGGGGCAGAAGUUGGCCGGAGGAAAGAACCAUUGGUGUGGUCAGCAGCUCAGUACAAUCACCAGACCGACGGCCCCCCCCUCCGAGGUGGCCCAGGUACGCGCCCCACCGAGGCAGGGGAGCUCCAGGAGGGUAGAGCUGCUGCCCUGAGAUGUGAGGGCCAGUCCUCGUCCAUGGAGGUCUUCACCAACCUGUCCCUGGACCUGGAGCCUGGAGGCUCGGUGAGCCAGGCCCUGGACAGAUACCUCACGGAGAGCUCUCUGAAGUACGCCUGCCAGUGCGGAGGAAAUACAUCUGGCACCCAGACCUGCUUCCUGACCCUACCUAACGUUCUGGUCCUCCACCUGAAACGCUUCCGCUUCACCCUCACUGGGAGGAUAGAGAAGGUGGAGGAUGAAGUCCUCCUGUCCAGAAACCUGGGACUCAGCAUUGGGACAGGAGAAGUACACACUGGUGAGUGUACUGAGCCACAUCGGUGCCCGGGCUACAUCAGGACAUUACAUCAGUGAGGGGGCCUAUCCAGAAGAGGGCAACAACCUGGCUGACCAAUGGCUGCGCUACAAUGACCUGAAGGUGUCACGGACCACCGGCAGGGCCGUCUGUCGCCGGCGGCAACGCACAGCCUACCUGCUGUUCUACCAGCGACAGGUGUAGAACAGUCUGGG